CACUAGAGGCUACGGAAUGUCAGAAAUAAUGAAAUUAGGAUGUCCGCUCAUUGAAUACUAGGCAUAGCCAAUAUGUAAUUUGCCAUGAAAUUCACACUACAGUAUAGGUUCUGCCUCCUUUAUUGAAAGGUGUGGCCAUGAAUCAUUGGGAGGCAACAUACAUAAUUGCACCAGUAGGGAAAAUGAACAGUUCUUUUCCAACAGUCCGCCCAAGCAGUAGACUGGGAUACAGAGGUCACAAGCAGAGAAGCAGCGACACCUUUAGCCUACUGGACAAAGACACGUUUAACUCGGCAUAGAUCGUACCGUGGAAUUUUAUAUCAAAAGGAUUACGCCUCAUUCUGAGUGUAUUUUCGCUAACUCAAAAAGAAAAACCACAAUGAAUAUUUAUCUCAGAUUUGCAAUUUUUAUCGUUUAUGGAUCAGUGUCUUUCAGGAUAUCAAGUGGUGCCUCUGCCAAUACCAUUGACAGGCACGGGGAUAAGUCUCCUGCCCAAUUAGCUGUGGUCAGUCUCCUCCACAAUGAUGCGGAAAUAAGAGACAACCAGCUAGAAUAUGACGAGGAAUACUAUUAUGAACAUGGUGAUGAGGACUAUCUGUCUGGGGAUUAUGAAAUGGAGUUUCCAAAAGUGGCAUUUUCCACCAAGCCGAAAGAUCUGCCCGUGGCUCCUUACACAGACAGGACAAGGGAGGGCAAGAGAAAGGGAAAGGGUAAGAAGAGGAACCCCUGUCUGAGGAAGUAUAAAGACUACUGCAUUCAUGGGGUCUGCCAAUACCUGAGAGAACUACGAGAGCCAUCCUGCAUAUGUUUGCUUGGAUACUCUGGUGAGCGGUGUCACCUUUUCAGCCUGCCAGUGACAAAGGAAGCAGAAGGCUACAACAGGACAAUAGCACUGGCUGUGGUAGCAGUGGUUGUGUCCUUUCUGUGCCUGACAGUCGUCGCCAUAUUAAUGGCCAUCAGGUAUCAUAAGCAAGGUCAAUACAACCUUGAAAAUGAGGAGAAGGUCAAGCUUGAGGCGGUCCCAUAUCCUUAAGAGUUUAGUGACAGACUAGGAGGAUGACAAUUCUACCUCAGUUCAUUUUAAGAUAAAGUUCAUCCCCAAGAGGAAACUGUGGCGACGUAGGAGGAGAUGGAUUAUGUCUACCACGUAGGACACCUGCCCGGCAUGGUCUGACAGACUUCCUGAAAGACAAUCCGGAUAGCAAACCAUGAUUAUAUGCGUGGGCCAUUUCCCAAUUGGAACAGAAAUCUCCAUUAACUAAUUGGGGCAUACUAACUUGACUGAAGUCAUUUUACAUGACACGGAGGAAUUAAAACAGACCGAGGAGAGAAUUUAGGGAAUUUAGAUUGUUGUCAGUUGGUGUCACUACCAACGUGACGCUCAUCCCUCAAGCUAUCGUACAGUAUGACAAAAGGGAAUUUAUUGUGGGCUCUCAGCUGUGUGAAGUUUUCCUUCUCCAUCUGAAAUGUUCCAUUAUUUGUAGCAAAGGGUGCCUAUGUUUCAUUUGGUCUUUGUAUGUGGUUUUUACCAGAAUUUUCAUUGUAGUAUUGGUGUAUUGUAUCAAUCAGUCCUUUAAAUAAUUUAUUUAUUUAAUACUUAAGCGGUACUUAUUCCGAUUUGUACUUGCUUUUUUAUGUUCAGAGUGCACUGGCAGUUUGUUUGUAUGCUUCUGUAUUCUGUCAAAUCUAUGUUAAUAUGUAUUUAUAGCGUAAAACAACAUGCUGCUCAUGUUUUGAUCUAACAUUUUUGGUUAUACCAAAAUAAUAAACCUAAAAAAAUAAAAAAUGAAACGCAGAAGAAAUUGUGAAGGUGAAAAAGCAUUCAUUAUGUACUUGCUUCUAUUUCACUGAUUGAUAGAGUGAGGGUUGAACCAUCAAUGAUGAUAGAAAUGAAACGUUUUGUAAAAAAUGUGAGGAAUAAGGACAGAGUUUGAUGUAAAACUGCAAUUUGAUGAAACAUCAACUUGAGAAAUGUUUUCAGAAUGAAAAGGGGGAAAAAUAAAC